AUGAAAAGCGAAAAAGAUUGUGAUCCCGAAGCACCUAUCGAAGAAGAAAUGGGUAUCCCAUCAUCAGCAGCAACUGAGAGGAACCUGGAGGCAUUCAUUGGCCCAGACCUUCCAGAGGUAGAUGAUGGUUCGCCUCCGAUGGACAAGUCCUGGUAUGGCUAUGUCAUUGUUGUGUGUUCCUUCAUCAUCUAUUUUAUUGUCUUCGGAACUGAGCACACAUUCGGAGUCUAUCAAGAGUUCUAUACCUCUCCUGCUGCCGAACCUAUUAUGCCUUUCUUGAAGGGCACAUCUUCUCAGAACAUUGCCAUGAUCGGAACCUUGGCGACGACAUUUACUUAUCUACUUGGAGCAUUUAGUGGUCGAUUCGCGGAUCGCGCUGGAUACAGAAUCUCGGCAGUCCUGGGGGCCUUUUUCAUGGGAGCUGGUUUGAUUGCUGCCAGUUUUGCGAAGAGUCUUGCAGCUCUGUAUAUCUGUCAGGGUGUGGUCCUCGGUAUCGGGUCUAGUCUGGUCUAUCUUCCUGCAAUCUCGUGUCCAGCUCAUUGGUUUGAGAGAUACCGCUCGAUCGCCAUUGGCAUUGUGGUUUGCGGAUCGGGUCUGGGAGGCCUUGUCCUGGGACCACUGACAGAGCAUUUGAUUGCUAGUGUGGGCGUCCGUUGGACGCUUCGCAUCCAAGGCUUGCUCUGCUUGAUCGGUAUUGGUGGUUCUGGUAUGAUGCUCAAGACUAGGGUUAAGAAAGUACACGGACAGAACAAGAAGGCUCCUAUGGACUUUACGAUCUGCAAAGAAGUGCCUUUCAUUGCCCUCACAUUCGCCAACUUUUUAACAUCGCUUGGAUAUAUGAUUCCUUUCUUCUUCCUUUCAACAUUUGCGGUCUUCCAUCACCAAACAGCAGCAACUGGUGCCAUGUUGAUUGGUAUUCUCAAUGGGGCUUCCCUUGUUGGUCGUCUUUCCCUCAGUUUCAUCACCGACCGGGUGGGUCGUAUCAACAUGCUCUUCAUCUGCGCACUUGUGAGUGGUCUGAGCAUCCUAUGUAUCUGGCCCGUGGCUACAACUGUCAAGGUUAUCACUAUCUUUGCAGUCGUAUAUGGAUUCACCUGUGGAGGCUACUUCAGUGUCAUCCCUUCUGUUAUUGCAGAUAUCUACGGCCUUGAUCGCCUCACAACUGUUACGGGUCUGUUGUAUGGAAGUAUUGGCUUUGGUUAUUUGAUCGGAAGCCCCGUGUCUGCUUGGUUGCUUGAUAUCACCAAGCCCGAUACGAACUAUAUCUACGUUUUUAUUUUCUCAGGCACGACCAUGACAUUAUCCAGUUUCGCAGUCUUCUAUUUGAAAUACUGGCGCACUAACGGACGCUGGUGGAUCCAUGGCUAA